AUAGGUUGUUAGGUGGAUUUAAAUAAAUUCAGUAUCAUGAGAAUAAAGAUUCAAUUUAUAGUGGUGUCAGGUAUAAUCCUCUACAUAUUUUCAACUUUCUUGGAAACUAAUGCUCAGUAUGCCCCUGGAGGUGGCAACUGGGGAGGUUAUUGGGCAAAUAGAUAUGGGCCUGGAGGCGGAGCUGGAGCUGGAGGUGGAGCUGGUGGUGGCGUUGGGGGCCAAGCUGGAGUAGGUUUUGGCUUUGGAGUUGGUGGAAAUGUGGGCGCAGGUGGAGGUGCAGGAGGUGGAGCUGGAACAGGAGCAGGAACAGGAGGUGGUGCUGGAGCAGGAGCUGGAGGAAGAGCUGGAGCAGGAGUAGGAGCCAAUGCAGGAAUCAAUUUUGGAGUAAAUGCAGGUUUGGGAGGAGGAGUAGGUGGUAAUGCAGGUGGAGGUGCGAAUGGAAGAGGUGGAGCUGGAGGAGGAGCAGGUGCAGGUGCAGGAGCAGGUGCUGGUGCAGGAGUGAACGCUGGAGUCGGAUUUGGAUUCGGUGGUAAUGCAGGUGUGGGUGGAGGCGCUGGUGGGGGUGCAGGUGGUGGAAAUGGAGCUGGAGCAGGGACUGGGGCAGGAGCAGGGGCAGAUGCAGGUGCAGGAGCAAGAGUAAACGCUGGAGUUGGGUUUGGAUUCGGCGGUAAUGCUGGUGUGGGUGGAGGUGCAGGUGGUGGUGCAGGUGGCGGAGCCGAUGGUGGUGCUGGCGGUAAUGCUGGAGUUGGAGCAGAUGCAGGUAUUGAUUUUGGUUUUAAUGCUGGUGUGGGUGGUGGAGUUGGUGGUGAUGUUGGUGGUGGAGCUGGUGGCGGUGGAGGUGAAAUUCCAGAACCUGAAACACCACCUGAAGAACCUCAAGAACCUACGGUAGAGGAGACUGAAACGGAAGGCGAUUAUCCCCAACCUGAAGCAGAACUGGAUCCAUAAAAAAUGAACUAUAAGAAACUGUCUGAAAUUUUCUAGAGCAUUAAUUUACGCGUGCAGCUAUUCGUAACAGUGAUUCAUCAAACUUUAAUAAACUGAUUUGAGAUAGAAAAAUUUUUCAAUAUUAUUAUCCCUGAUGAAAAAAUCUGUUCCUAAUAGUUUCAAUUCAAAGCCAACCAAUUCGUCUUUGACAUUAACUGAAACUGUUAACUAUGUUAAACUGUUUCAAACUCAUAACUUAUUUACAUCUAGACAUACUGCUGCAGCUACAUAUUUAUAAGAAAAUCACAAAUUGAAAUUCUGAAAAAUAUUUGUGAUAAUAUGAAAAUAAGUCUAAAAAUUACUAUUGCAUUAUCUUUUGGACAUAAUGAACAUCUUUUGAUAAAAAUGAACAUAAAAUUUUGUUUAAUUAAAGUAAAAUGUGCGAAAUGUCAUCUUUCCAUAUGUAUUACCGACAAUUGUAUUAUACUAUAUUACAGUAUCAUGAGUAAAGAUCUGAAAGAAUUUCUCCUAUAUGUUUGCAUUAUUGUGAAAAAAAAAAGAAUUGAAAAUUAUUGAGGUAUUGAUUCUUAAUGCAAAGUGUCAAUAUAAAACUUUGUUCAAUUAAAGUAAGAAGUGUAAGAUCUUAGAGUGUGCAUUAACAAGUAUUUUAUUAUACUGUAUUUCGGUUUUAAUGAGCAUGUAAUCUUGUUUAUUAUUUUCCA